UGGCUUUGAACGUACAGAAGAUUUCGACUUUGAUACGUACGAGGAGUUCAUGUCAUCAUACUUGUCUGUGUUAGCGAGACGAGCGAAGCGGUGGAACGGAAGCAUCGAAGACAAGAAAGGAGUGCCCAAAUCCAUCAAAGUGAAGCGGUUUUGUCGGAAAGGCAUUCCAUCAGAGCACAGAGCUUCUGUAUGGAUGUGUGUGAGUGGGGCAGAGGACAGGAGGCAGACUAACCCAGGUCUCUACCCUAGGCUGGUGUCAGAGGCUAAGGACUCAGCACUUCUGGAGACUAUCAACCUGGAUAUUCAUCGCACUUUUCCUGAAAACAUCUACUUUGCUGAGACAGAUGAUCCCUCAGGACUGAGAAACCCGUUACGAAAGGUUUUGACUGCGCUGGCGCAUAAAAACCAACGAACAGGUUAUUGUCAGGGUUUGAAUUUCAUCACGGGUAUGUUGUUACUUAUAGUCCGGGAUGAUGAGAAAGUUUUCUGGCUCAUGGAUACCCUUAUUAAUAAUAUCUUACCUGAUUACUACGCCCCUGAUAUGCUGGUGUUACAGGCAGAGCAGGAAGUUUUGGGGAAGCUAGUCAAGUGGAAGGUGCCAGCCGUAUAUGCUCAUAUGGAAUCACAGGGUGUGUCCUGGACGCUGGUCGGCAUGAAGUGGUUCAUUUGCCUGUACGCCGAUGUGCUCCCUACUGAGACAGUACUCAGGAUCUGGGAUUGCUUGUUUUUUGAGGGAUCAAAAAUCUUAUUCCGUGUGGCAGUGGCGCUGAUCAUGUUGAACAAAGAGAGAAUCCUGGCCUCCAAAAACUUCUCUGAACUCAUGGACCUGUUCAAGGAGAUUGUGACCGAUCCUGCGACUCUCCAUUGCCACACAUUUAUGCAGAAAAUUUUUCAGAUACCAGGGUCAUUUCCACAGAGUCGUAUUGACAGCUUCAGGAAAGAAUGUCUCGAAAAAGUCAAAGGUCAAGCAAAGUGAGAAUAAACUGGGAACACAACUGUGAGAAUUUAUUGCCUGGCAAAGUUUUACAAAUGCUCUAGUCACCACCCGGGUUUAUAAUAGCAACAUAAGAAUACGCAUGCUUAUCACUGUGCUCAAACAUUGGUCCCGUGAGUCCUUUUAUUAUUUUUUUUUUUUCUCUGGCUGAGGUUUUUUUUUUUUUUAAAUUUUUAUUUUAUUUUUCCUGUUGUUGUUUUCUUUUCAAUUUAAUAAAUUAUUUAGACAUAGAAUUGUUAUUAUUAUACAUGUUUAUCUAGAAAUAUGAUCCAUAUCCAGUAUUUUUGUUUCAAUUCCAUUCAUUGAGAUGUUAUCCAACACUAUUACUUUAUAAUGACUUUGUCCACAUAUCCACCAGUCCACAUAUCCACCAGUCCACAUCACUCAGAUAGGUACAUCUACAAUGCAGUUUGCUUUCCUUUGAUACAUUCAUUAUCUAUCUACAGAAUUGUUAACCAGGAUAUGACCUUAUGCUCAUUCAAAGCUGGUUUUAAGAAAAUUUACAGAUAAUGGAGAAAGCUAAUUUCCACAGUUAUACAUACUUAUUACUCGCGGUCCCAUGAGCAUAAUUUACCAGAGUUGUUUCCAUGUACAAUACCUUAUUUAUCAGCACUGUUUCCAUUGUGUAAACUGCAACAUUUAUUGAACAUUAUACAUUUGUUGACAUAUCAGUUGUUUCAAUAGCACUGUUUCCAGUGUGUAAACUGCAAGAUUUAUUGAACAUUAUACAUUUGUUGACAUAUCAGUUGUUUCAAUCACAUUUGCAAACCUGAAGUAUUUCAUACAGACCUGUAGUAUGUCCUACAGACCACAAAGAUCCUCUAACCCGUUUUGUUUUCGCUAUCAAAAACUAUAGCUCAGUAAUCACUUGACUGUUGGGUGUGAUUUCUAGGUUGUGAUCUCAAAUUUUUCAUUGAAAGACCAUUUUCCCUUCCAUAGGGAUAUUGUGGAAAGGAGAAUCAAUGCUUAUUGCCUGCAAUAUUGCUUGUGUCAGCUCAUGCUGGCUUCCUCUCCAGCUGUAUGUGGGAAGGUCUGCCAGCUACCUGCGGAUGGUUGUAUUUACCCUCGGCUCUGCCCGGUGUCCACCCACCAUAAUGCUGGCUGCCAUUACAUGUAUAAGUGAAAUAUUCUUGAG